AUGAAGCAUCCUGAUGAGUUUCGAACAGGCGAGACCUUGGCUGCUAUAUGUCUUCUUCGAUCAUACGAAAUUAUCUCGCAAAAUGUUACCUGCCAGAAUCACCUUCAAGGGUCCUAUUCGUUGCUGGCGAAUCAUCCAAUAGAACUAGAGUCCGGAUUGUUGAGUGCCGGUUUUUGGAAUUACUUGAGAGAGGAUAUCACUGUCGCACUCCUAGAAAAACGCAGCCUCAUGAUUCAGCUCCCGGAUGAGCCUCUGCCUACGAGGAUUGAAUGCGACGACGAUCUCGCCAAUCGCAUCACGUAUCUCCUGGGAAGAGUCAUCAACAGGUGUCUUCUACGUGAUGCUGCUCCCCUGGACCAAUGCGAGUGGAACAGCCUGAGAGAUCAGCUCGAGGACUGGAGGAUAUCGCUUCCUUCGUCAUUUGAUCCCAUCCUCACACCGCAUCUGCUCCCCAAUAGCAGCUUUCCGAGUAUGUGGACGACCUCAGGCUGGCACGGUGCGCAUCCCUCCUAUAUUUAUAUGCCUUUAGUUUACUGA